CCCUCUCAUCUCAUUCACACACUCAACCAACGCACAGAGAGAGACAGAGAGUGUGAGGGAGAGAGUUUCUACUCGGAUUCAAACUUUGAUUUCAACACCAAAGAAGAAUUUCCCAAAUGGCAUCAAGAGCAGUCCUUCCACAACAUGCCAGAGGUGAAGCAGUAGUAGGGGGAGGAAAACAACAACAGAAGAAGAAUGGUGUAGCAGAUGGUAGGAACCGCAAAGCAUUAGGUGAUAUUGGGAAUUUGAACAAUGUAAGAGGAGUUGAAAACAAGGUUGAAGUCAAACCUCAUCGCCCCAUCACAAGGAGUUUUGGUGCCCAAUUACUUGCCAAUGCACAAGCAGCAGCUGCUGCUGAGAAUAUUAAGAAACAAGCUUGUGCUAAUGUGCCCGGAGCCCCACCUGCUGCUAAUGCAGUUGCAGUGGCCAAAAAAGUGGCCCCCAAACCGGUUCAGAAGAAAGUCACUGUAAAACCAACACGUGAUGAAGUCAUCGACAUUGAAUCUAGUCCAGACAAGAAUGCCCAGAAAGACAAGAAAAAGGAAGGAGAUUCCAACUCCAAGAAGAAACACACUCUUACUUCUGUGCUCACAGCUCGAAGCAAGGUAGCAUGCGGCAUAACUAAGAAACCAAAGGAGCAGAUUAUUGACAUUGAUGCUGGUGAUGUCGACAAUGAGCUUGCUGCUGUGGAGUACAUUGAUGAAAUCUACAAGUUCUACAAGCUUGUUGAGAAUGAGAGCCGCCCUCACGACUACAUAAACUCACAGCCUGAGAUAAAUGAGAAGAUGAGAGCUAUACUGAUUGAUUGGCUGAUAGAUGUUCAAUCCAAAUUUGAACUUUCUCUUGAGACCCUAUACUUGACCAUCAACAUCAUAGACCGGUUCCUAGCAGUUAAGACUGUUCCAAGGAGGGAUCUGCAAUUGGUUGGCAUCAGUGCCAUGCUGAUGGCAUCCAAGUAUGAAGAAAUAUGGCCCCCUCAGGUUGAUGAUUUUGUCUGCCUCUCAGAUAGGGCUUACACUCAUGAACAGAUACUAGUCAUGGAGAAAACCAUAUUGGGCAAGCUAGAGUGGACUUUGACUGUGCCUACACCUUUUGUUUUCCUUGUUCGUUUUAUCAAGGCAUCAGUCCCAGAUCAGGAUUUGGAAAACAUGGCCCAUUUUCUGUCUGAGUUGGGAAUGAUGAAUUAUGCGACCUUAAUGUAUUGCCCAUCAAUGGUUGCUGCCUCAGCAGUCUUUGCAGCUAGAUGCACUCUCAAUAAGACCCCCCUUUGGAAUGAGACACUUAAAGUGCACACCGGUUACUCACAAGAACAACUUAUGGAUUGUGCUAGAUUAUUGGUGAGCUUUCACUCCGAUGUUGGAAAUGGAAAGCUGAAGGUUGUGUACAGGAAGUAUUCUGAUCCUCAGAAAGGAUCCGUUGCUGUGCUCCCACCAUCUAAAUAUCUUCUGCAAGGAGGUUCUGCCUCCCAAUUGAGUUGAAGAAGCAAAGGGAGAAGCACUUAUAGAGUUAUGCGGAAUAACCAUUUGUAUUUUUUCCCCUUAAUUUUUUCAUAAGCCAUUUGUACUGGAUUACCAAGAUGAAUUAUACAAGUUGCAAGUUUUCCACUUGCCAAUUCCUUCA